AUGGAUACUUACAAAAGAGCUGAAAUUAUAACAUCUCAUCCGGUUGCUACUGCAAAAUUUUUUCAUUUAUUGGUUUCUAAUAUCUUAAAUAUUAUGAUUAUCGGUGGUGUUCUUGGACCAAUAAAGGCUUGUUUUGGUACUGUUGAAAGUCAAGGCCGAGGUUCACUUCAUUUACACCUUCUUAUGUGGCUUAAUCAUGAUAUGAAACCAGCUGAUCUGAAAGAAAAAAUUCAAGAUGCCAGUUUUCGUGAAAAGUUAAAAGCAUACUUAGAAGAUAUUAUCAAAGAAGAUUUAGAUGACUUCAAGGACAAACAUGUCUUUGAGAAUUUUAACGAUAUAGAAUUUUUUUGCCAGCAUAUCGACUUCUACUUUUAUGUUAUAGAACCAGGAUCAUUCGAUACUUCUCCACGAAUAUCACAAGACAAUAUUUAUGCAGCCUUACGUACUAUCGAUCUAACAGGCUGUGCAGAAAAUGUAUGUCCAUCUCGUGUUAGCACGACGCCGAGAAAAUAA